GGAACCCGUCUGUACCUGCCUGUUCGCCUCCGUGUCUCAACCUACAGCUGUAUGAAGCACACUUUACUUGUUCUACUUUAUUUACUAUGCUAGUAGUCCGUCUGGAUAACACAUCUCUGUGAAACAUUUACCCUCUGAAGUGGAGUAAUUCUGUGUUUUGUGGAUAUAUUCAUUUUGUUAUACUGUUCUGACAUGGCUGACUACAGCUCUCAACAGCCAGCCUCCUCUAAGAUGGACUCAGUGCAGGGCCAAGUCAAUGAAGUUAAAGUUAUACUCAAAGACAACAUCAACAAAGUACUGGAGAGGGGAGAGAGGUUAGAUGACUUGGUUGACAAGACACAUGACCUACAAGCAACCGCAGACUCCUUUCAGAGGACGUCCACGCGGGUAGCCCGGAAGUACUGGUGGAAGAACGCCAAGAUGAUGAUCAUCAUUGGAGUGAUAGUUCUGAUCAUCCUCAUCCUCAUCAUCCUGUUUGCUACAGGUGUCAUCCCCAGUUAAAUCGCCUCACAGACUCUUACAGUACUACAUUAUCGCUAAAAGUAAUAGGAUGAACCACGAUCACCAACAGUCAUGUUUUGAAUUUGAUGAAACUGAGGUUUCAUUUUGGUCUUCUCCCCAAGGCUCAAGGUGGAUUGUGUAUAGUAACGUGACGAAAUAUAACAUUUCACAUUGACUUCUGUAAAUAA